AAUUAAGUUGUAUCAAAUUACAAAUAAUUAGUACAACCUCUUAUAUAAGAAAUUACGAAUGCAGAAAAUCUAGCAUAGAAGAUACUAUCCUUUGUAACGUCAAACUAAGAUAUUUCUCUUCUUGAAUCCAUUAAUUAGACUAUAGACCUUAAAGCUAAAUGGUCAAGACACUCCUUAGCAUCAAAAUGGUUAUUACUUUUGUUGUUGACUACAUUAUGCGAGAAAUUAACUAACUCAACUAAAUAUAUUUUACAAUAGAUGAAUUGUUAACACAUUAAAAGGUAGAUUAAAUUCCUACUAGCGUUUUGUCAAACAUUCAACUAUGUUUACCCCAAAUUUAACAGCACCCAAUAUGUAACGUCAACAGAAAAGUUUUUUUUUAUCUCACAUUUUCUUUAUUUCAUUUCCAAUAUAUUUAAAUUUACUUCAAGAUUAUACAGUUUAAACUUGAAUAUGGGGAAAAUCACAUUUUAAAUCUUAAUUAAGUAUAAACUAUGAAACAAAUUUGCUUUUUUCUUCCUUACAUUCAUGUUAGGGAAAACCACAUUUUAAAUCUUUAAGUUGGCAAAAGUUUUCAUUUUAAACCAUAGAGUUCAACUGCUAACACUUUAAAAUUUAAACAAUGAAAUUAGUUUCAAUUUAAGAAAAAACCAAAAAGGUUAAAUAUUCUAGAAUUAAUUAAUUAAAUCAAAAUAACAUUAGUGCUAACAACAAACUCCAUACGUUACUUUCUUACUAACAAAUUAAUGGGUAUAGUAAAUGUCUUUCUUUAUUGCUUCUCCUACCAUACAAAUACAAGAAAGAACAAAGCAACACACAAAAACACUUCACUUUUUUUCCACUAAUUAAUUAGUUUCUUCUUCUCUUCUUUCCAAAAAAUAUGGAGAAUUACGUCGGCGAGAGUGGAUUUGCUCCUCUAAACAAAACCGUCUUCACACGUGAUCAAGAACAAAUGAAAGAAGAAAAUUUCCCCUUCCAAGUCGUUGACCAAUCAAAGCCCACAAGCUUUCUUCAAGACUUCCAACAUCUUGAUCAUGAUCAUCAGUUUGAUCAUCAUCAUCAUCAUCAUGGCUCUACAUCUUCAAAUCCUUUGCUCGGUAUCCAAACUAGGCCCUCUUGUGUCAAUAGUUCUCUUUUCGAGCAUUGCGCUUACCAAGACAAUAUGGUCAAUAUGGUCAAUAAACAUGGACCUAUGGACAUGAAACAAGACAACAUGAUGAUGGGGAUGAUCUCUUUUGAUUACCCUCCUAGAGAGAUCACCAAGCCUAUGAACUUCGUAAUGCCAGAUGAAGUUUCAUGUGUUUCUGCGGAUAAUGAUUGUUAUAAAUCGAUGAGUUUCAAUAAGACCAAACCAAUUCUGACAAGAAAGUUGUCUUCAUCCUCGUCGUCAUCAUCAUGGAAAGAAAAGAAAGAAACAACAUUAGUCAAAGGACAAUGGACUUCUGAAGAAGACAGGAUAGUGAUUCAAUUUGUGGAGAAAUAUGGAUUGCGAAAAUGGUCGCAUAUUGCACAAGUGUUACCGGGAAGGAUUGGGAAGCAAUGUAGAGAGAGAUGGCAUAACCAUUUGAGACCUGACAUUAAGAAGGAAACAUGGAGUGAAGAAGAAGACAGAGUGCUUAUACAAUUUCAUAAAGAGAUUGGGAACAAAUGGGCAGAGAUUGCCAAAAGACUCCCUGGAAGAACAGAGAACUCGAUCAAGAACCACUGGAACGCAACAAAACGAAGACAAUUCUCUAAGAGAAAGUGUAGAUCUAAGUAUCCAAGACCUUCUCUGUUGCAGGAUUACAUAAAGAGUUUGGAUUUGAAAGCCUUGUCGUCUUCCUCUGUGCCUGCAAGAGGUAGACGCAGAGAGAGUAACAAGAAGAAGGAUUUUGUGGCGGUUGAGGAAGAGAAUAAGAAGAAUGAAGAUGACCUUUACGGACUAGACAGGAUGGUACCUGAAUGUGUGUUUACUGAUGACUUUGGAUUCAAUGAGAAGCUUCUUGUGGAAGGAUGUAGCAUUGACUCAUUACUUGAUGACCUUCCUCAGCCUGACACUGAUACUUUUGCUCAUGGAUUCUGAUUUGUAUUGUUUUUAUUUUUUAAUUUCAGUUUUUUUUUUUGAAUGAGACAUAUUCACCAAACUAAUCAAAAAUAAUUCAACUCGCAGGGUUUUGUUUCAACUGAAUAGAACAACAAAAUAUCAUUCUACUAGCAUCUUGAUUGUAAUGUUAUGUGUUUGUCUCAAUGUUUGCAUAUUUUUGAUGAAAAGUAUAAUUAUAUAGUCAAAGAUAUAUUAUGUAAGAUAUUUAAGAAAGUGAAGAAUUGUGACCAAAAGAGAAGAAGUUGAAGAUUAGUUUUAACAUGUCGAAGUAACAGAAACUUCAAACCUAACUUGUCCAACAAGAAUAUUACUUAAUUUGUGGAACAAGCAACCACAUAAGAAAACUUCUGUGACAAGAAAGGAAAGUUUUAGAAAACAACAACAAAAAAACAGAUCAUCAAUCAUUCAAAGGGA